CGGUGAGACUUUUAGUUUGAAAGAGCGGAUAUGACGUCGUGAGUUUCCGGCGGGGGUGUUUCCGCUUAGCUUACCGUCAUGAAAAGACGUACAGAAGCAAAACUGAGCCGGGAAACCUGCGUUUACACCAGCUGUUACUGUGAAGAAAAUGUUUGGAAGCUCUGCGAGUUUAUUCAAGCUCAGAAAAUAGCUCCACUGGAGCAGCUUGCUGUGAUUUUCAUCUCCAACGACACCAGAACGGUUCCUCUUUGGAAGCAAAAGUCUGGACAUGAAGACCGGCCAGUGAUCUGGGACUACCAUGUGAUCCUGCUGAAGGUGGGCGUAAAGUCCGACGCUGUGAUUUACGACCUGGACUCGGUGCUGCCGUUUCCCUGCAACCUGCGGCUCUACGCGGCUCAGGCCCUCCGGUCGGAUCGGACCCUCAGACCUAAGUUUCACAGGAAGUUGCGUGUGGUUCCUGCCCACUGCUUCUUGUUGAACUUCGCGUCAGAUCGAUCUCACAUGAAGAAUGCUGACGGAACCUGGAAGAUGCCCCCGCCAUCGUACCGCCCCAUUCAGACGGCUGAGAGUAAGAUGAACCUGGACGACUUCAUUAGUAUGAAUCCUGCCGUCGGCUGGGGAACCGUUUACACUCUGGGUCAGUUUCUGCUGAAGUACGUAGUGGAAGAUUCCUCCGCAUCUGCUUCCUCAUCAACAGCAGUGUCUUAGCAGCUGCUGGAUCAGGUUUUAGGAGGAUUUUAUCGCUGUGGAUCUGGUGGAGCCAGCUGCUGGAGGACGAAUUCAGACAAUGUUUAGGACUUUUAUUUGUUUGUUUGUUUGUGAAAUCCUGAUUGAGAAAUGUGAUUAUUUGAUACAGAAUAAGGGGUAAAUGCAUCAGAUUUGUCACAUUUGUGAGAAUUAGAAUUUGUGUGAUUCUAUUUUUUUUAUUUUGCAAAAAAUAAACUUUCUGAGACAAACAAGA